GUAUAAAGAAACAAUCAGGGGGAGAAACGAGAUGGGGGUGAAGCUGGAGAUAUUUCGGAUGAUAAUCUACCUCACUUUCCCUGUGGCUAUGUUCUGGGUUUCCAAUCAGGCCGAGUGGUUUGAGGAUGAUGUCAUACAGCGCAAGAGGGAGCUGUGGCCACCUGAGAAGCUUCAAGAGUUAGAGGAAUUCAAAGAGAGGUUACGGAAGCGGAAGCGGCGGGAGGAGAAGCUCCUUCGCGACGCCCAGCAGAACUCCUGAGGCCUCCAAGUGGGAGUCCUAGCCCCUCCCCUGAUGAAAUAUACAUAUACUCAGUUCCUUG